AUCAAGAAAAGGCUGCUCACCUAUGUAGUCAAGGUGGAUGCUCAGCGUCAGCCGAGCGCAACAUCCAAGUAUAAAUUCAACUGGAAAGAGUCCUCCGAUCCUCAAGGCAAAUAUUCACACCCCGAUCGUUCUGCCGUUACAGCCAUAUUUGGCAGUGAGGACAUCGUGAGGGUCUACUACGAAACAAUGAAGGACUCCAUCGAAAUGAUCAUCUCCUUAUUCUACAAGGGCAUUCGGGAACACGACCAAACUGCCAGCGCCAUUAUUUUCACUGGCGGUUCUGAAUUGAUCUACCGAGUCUUCGAAUAUGUUCUACGACAGUGGUUUGGUGACGCCUGCCCCAAAAUAUGGGAUAAGUUUAGUCCUGGUGAACUCCAGUUUAAGUACCAGUGA